AUGCCUACCAUGUGGCUGUCCGAUUCGCAGAAGAUUGGGGUAGCAUUCUGCUCAGGAGGCGGAUUCUUCCUCGUUGCAGGCGUAUUUAUGUUCUUCGAUAGAGCUAUGCUCGCAAUGGGCAACAUCCUCUUCCUCCUCGGCCUCACCAUCAUCAUUGGCCCGCAGAAAACAGCCCUCUUUUUCGCGCGCCGCCAGAAGCUCAAGGGCACCGCCGCCUUCUUCGCCGGUCUCACCCUGAUUCUCCUGCGCUGGGCCCUCGUCGGCUUCCUCGUGGAGCUCUACGGCAUCUUCAUCCUGUUUGGAGACUUCCUGGGUACGGUCGCGGGCUUUGCGAGGAAUGUGCCCUUGGUGGGCCCGUGGAUUGGGGUGUUGGUUGAUCGGAUGGGCGUCGGUGGGGGGCAGUCGCUGCCGGUCUGA